AUGUCGUGCACGCUUAACUUUGCCAGGCUGAAGUGCGACCGACAGCACCCAUGCGGAGCUUGCUCAAGGCGUAGCCUCACCAACUCCUGCAAUUAUGCGACGACAUCUUCUUCUACGCCCGAUGCUCAGCGGUCCGUUGCUCCGCGACAGUCCACCAGCCUCCAUGGCAGAAUCUCUGAACUGGAGAGCCUUGUUGUGACGCUCAUGGAAGCCCAAUCACUCCCAAGUCCGCUCGCACCGAAAUCGCCGGGACCAAGCUCGCUCUCAUUCACAGAUGUGUUCCCUGAGACCCAGAGACCAAAGAAAUCCCAGGAUGAAGCUGCAUCCCCGGCAGACCCUGGCACCCUAAAGUUGCGCGAGUCUGGAAUCAGCUAUGUCCAGAGUGCCCAUUGGGAGGCCAUUCUAACUAAAAUCAGAGGAUUUCGUGAUUUGGUCACUGAUAGCAAGGCUCCACCCGGUUCACGCUUGUUCUAUGGCCCGAACCGUCAUGCAACUCGAGAUGAAAUACUGGCUGCUGUUCCUCCUCGUCCAGUUGUUGACCGCCUCAUGGCCCUUCACUUCGAUUCCUACAUUAUCUCUCCCUGUCAGUACAUCCAAGCUUUCUUUCCACUCUUAGAGGCAUUGACUGUGUGCUGUAGAUCUCAUUCAUCGCAAGAAGUUUCUCCGAGAGGUGGGUUCUUUUUAACCUGGCCGAUUACAAGCAGUCUGACAUUUAACCAGUACGAAAGCUUCUGGGAAGAUCCGUCUGCAACUUCUAUCGCUUGGAUCGGUCUCAUGUUCUCCAUGUUAUGUAUUGCUGCGCAGUUGCAGGCCUUCACCAUUGACUUGAUCGACGGACAAGCCGAAUCGCUCAAGGCGGAAUAUCUUACCACGAAGGAUGACUUCCGGGAUAAGGCCGUUCAGUGUCUUAUUCUGGCCAGGUAUACGACGGGAGGACCAUAUAUCUUGGAAACCCUCAUAACGGUCCUUACUGGAGAGUUUAUACUCGUGAAAGAUAGCUCUACCGAUGGCUGGCUUUUGAUCAGUACGAUACUUCAUCUUGCAAUGCGCAUGGGCUAUCACCGGGACCCAGAUCACUUUCCCGGAAUAUCUCCAUUCGAGGGUGAGAUGCGUAGACGCAUUUGGACCAUAAUUCUUCAAUUAGAUCUCGUUCUCUCCUUGGAGAUGGGCCUUCCUCGAAGUGCCACAGAUACGCACAUCGAUACAAAACAGCCCCGUAAUCUGCGCGACUGUGAUUUUGAAGAGGACACGACCGAGAUGCCUCCGCCGAGGCCAGAAACAGAAUGGACGCCGGUGAUCCCUCUCAUUGCAAAAGGGCGACUGAUAUCAGCUCUCGGCUUGAUUUGUGACGUCAACACCGAUAUUAAUCCCCCUUCCUACGAGCAGGUCAUCAAGGUCGACGCACUUCUUGAAGAUGUGCACAAUCAUGCUAUUCCGGCCGUGCUGCGCUGGCAAACUAUGCCACACCCCAUCACGGAUAGUCCAAACCUUGUGAUACAGCGGGUAAGUGUAGAAACGACCUACUACAAAUCACGCAUCCUCCUGUACCGGAGAGCUUUGAUCAGCUGCCCAGUUCGACAGACUGAAGAGCGGACCAGGGAUUCGGUGCGAAUUUGUUUAGAUUCCGCACUCAAAAUUCUAUCGUAUCAACAGAUGCUUCACGAAGAGUCUCAGCCAUUUGGUCGUUUGUCUCAGCUUAGAUGGAAGGUCACCCAGAUUUUCAACCAGGAUGUUCUCCUCGCAACGAGCGUGCUCUGCCUCUACCUUCAAGACGUCGAUAAAUUUGAAUUGCCUGAGACUGCAGGACAGACAACGUGGUCGCCUAGGGCUGAAGAGAUUCGACAACGACUAACGAUUUCGCACAAGAUUUGGCUUGAAAUGAGUACCGCAUCUGCGGAAGCUGGGAAAGUAGCGAAAGCUCUGAGCAUCGUCCUUGGAAACACAGAGACGUCUUCCGAGGACGAUAAUACACCCGCUUCUUACGACUUUCUGGCGGAUUUUGAUGCCAUACCUCUGAACGGAUUUGGCGCAACGUUCAACAAUCAAUAUCUUCCUUCUGGCUUCUACUCUCCUCUCACGUUUUUUGAUAAUGUACUGGAAAAUGGGGGGACAUGA